UUGUCUCAAAGCGAGCGCAAAGAUAAAAACUCACAAAAAGAAGAUUAUGAAUGCCGGUUCAUUGGAAAGAAAAUUGACAUUACUAUUGCGUUGCGAGAAGAGGACGAAGAGUUUUCUAUCAUCGAG